GCGGCGUGUGUCGACUCCUUAAUCCGCCGUGCGAACCGGGAUGCUGGGGGAGAUCCGUGAGGCGGUGGGCUCCUGUUCACGGUCCUCUCACCACCGGGAAAUGAAUGUUGACUACCUCCCGUAAACACCUUCCACUGUGCUCGGCGGUACGCGCGCGUGAGAGCGACUCCUCCGCUGGUAUUUCACCCGUUUUCUGUGAGUCUUCAACGGCAGAAGCAGCAGCGGCGGCGGGAGCAGAACUAACGGCCGCUUUGACAGGUGCCGUCGCCCGGCUCUGCGCGGAGAGAUGCCGCCCGUCCAGAGAACCGUGUCGGAUCUCCGCACCCGGUCUGAAGGAUAUGAAAAGACCGAGGACACAACAGAAAAGACGUCCUUAGCUGACCAAGAAGAUGCCCGAAUGAUAUACCUCAACCAGCCGCAGUUCACCAAGUUUUGCUGCAAUCGAGUCAGCACAGCAAAAUACAAUGUCCUCACCUUCCUUCCCCGGUUCCUCUACUCACAGUUCAGGAGGGCAGCCAACGCCUUCUUUCUCUUCAUUGCACUCUUGCAGCAAAUCCCAGAUGUGUCUCCCACUGGUCGAUGGACCACACUGGUGCCACUGCUCUUCAUCCUGGUGGUGGCUGCUGUCAAGGAGAUCAUUGAGGAUCUAAAACGUCACAUUGCUGACAAUGUUGUCAACAAAAAGGAAUGUCAAGUGUUAAGGAAUGGCGCCUGGGAAAUUGUGCACUGGGAAAAGGUGGCUGUUGGCGAAGUGGUCAGAGCUGCAAAUGGGGAUCACCUCCCGGCUGACCUCGUCAUUCUGUCGUCCAGUGAACCACAGGGUAUGUGCUACAUAGAAACAUCUAACUUGGAUGGAGAAACGAACCUUAAAAUCAGACAGGGUCUCCAAAUGACUGCAGAAAUAAAGGACAUCGACAGCCUGAUGCGUCUGUCUGGACGGAUGGAGUGCGAGAGCCCGAACCGCCAUCUCUAUGAGUUUGUUGGAAACAUCCGGCUGGACAGACACAGCACAAUGCCACUGGGUCCAGACCAGGUCUUACUGAGGGGAGCGCAGCUGAGGAACACCCAGUGGAUCCAUGGUGUGGUGGUUUACACUGGACAUGACACAAAGCUCAUGCAGAAUUCCACUCGGCCUCCUCUGAAGCUCUCCAACGUGGAACGCAUCACCAACUUUCAGAUCCUCGUGCUGUUUGGCUGGCUGCUCGCCAUCUCUCUGAUCUGCUCCAUCGGCCAAACCAUCUGGAAGUACCAGUAUGGCAAUGAUGCCUGGUACAUGGAUCUCAACUCUCCAGAUGGUGGGGCGGCUAACUUUGGCCUGAACUUUCUCACCUUCAUCAUCCUGUUCAACAACCUGAUCCCCAUCAGUCUCCUGGUCACACUGGAGGUCAUCAAGUUCAUCCAGGCCUUUUUCAUUAACUGGGACACUGAUAUGCUCUAUGAGCCCACAAACACACCUGCCAUGGCUCGCACCUCCAAUCUGAAUGAAGAACUAGGCCAGGUGAAGUACAUCUUCUCUGACAAGACAGGGACACUGACCUGCAAUGUCAUGCAGUUCAAGAAGUGCACCAUUGCGGGCGUGGCCUAUGGUCACGUCCCUGAGGCAGAGGAGGGUAGUUUUGCGGAGGACGACUGUCACAGCACACAGUCGUCAGAGGAGGCUGGAUUUAAUGACUCGAGUCUACUGGAAAACCUCCAAAGUAAUCACCCUACAGCUUCUGUCAUCAUGGAGUUCAUGACCAUGAUGGCCAUCUGUCACACUGCAGUCCCCGAGCGCACGGAUGGAAAUAUCACCUACCAGGCUGCGUCUCCAGAUGAAAGUGCUCUGGUGAAAGCGGCGCAGACCCUCGGCUUUGUGUUUUCUGGUCGAACCCCAGACACCGUCAUCGCGGAAAUGCUCGGAACAGAAGAGAGGUACGAGCUGCUUCAUGUGCUGGAGUUUACGAGUGUGAGGAAGAGGAUGUCAGUCAUCAUGCGCACCGCAUCUGGGAAGAUCCGCCUUUACUGCAAAGGAGCUGACACGGUGAUCUAUGACCGACUGGCAGACAGCUCCAGGUACAAAGAGAUCACAUUGAAGCACCUGGAACAGUUUGCCACUGAGGGGCUUCGCACUCUCUGCUUCGCGGUGGCUGACGUCAGUGAGUCAACCUAUCAGAAUUGGCUGGAGAUCCACCACAGAGCCUGCACCUCCCUGCAGAACAGAGCCCUCAAAAUGGAAGAGAGCUACGAACUGAUAGAGAAGAACUUGCAGCUCCUGGGGGCCACGGCAAUCGAGGACAAGCUUCAGGAUAAAGUGCCCGAGACUAUAGAGACUCUGAUGAAGGCUGACAUCAAGAUCUGGAUCCUGACUGGGGACAAACAGGAAACAGCCAUCAAUAUUGGACAUUCCUGCAAGCUGCUGACCAAGAACAUGGGAAUGCUUGUGAUCAACGAAGACACUCUUGAUGGAACAAGGGAACUACUCAGCCACCACUGUGGAAUGCUGGGAGAUGCCCUCUACAAGGAAAACGACUUUGCUCUCAUUAUUGAUGGGAAGACUCUGAAAUACGCCCUUUCGUUCGGAGUGCAGCAGUACUUCCUGGACCUCGCCCUCUCCUGUAAAGCUGUCAUAUGCUGCAGGGUAUCUCCUCUUCAGAAGUCAGAGGUGGUGGAGAUGGUCAAGAAAAAGGUAAAGGUGAUCACGCUGGCCAUUGGUGAUGGUGCUAACGACGUGGGAAUGAUCCAGACAGCUCACGUCGGCGUGGGAAUCUCAGGCAACGAGGGUCUGCAGGCGGCAAACUCCUCCGACUACUCUAUCGCCCAGUUUAAAUACUUGAAGAAUCUGCUGCUCGUCCACGGAGCCUGGAAUUACAACCGCGUAGCCAAGUGUAUCCUGUACUGCUUCUACAAGAACAUCGUCCUCUAUAUCAUCGAGAUCUGGUUCGCGUUUGUCAAUGGCUUCUCGGGUCAGAUUCUUUUCGAGCGCUGGUGCAUCGGCUUGUACAAUGUGAUCUUCACUGCCCUGCCUCCUCUCACACUGGGCAUAUUUGAGCGCUCCUGCAGGAAAGAGAACAUGCUGAAAUACCCAGAACUCUACAAAACCUCCCAGAAUGCCAUGGGUUUUAAUACCAAGGUCUUCUGGGCCCAUUGUCUGAACGGCCUCUUCCACUCCGUCAUUCUCUUCUGGUUCCCCCUUAAAGCCUUCGAGCAUGAUACAGUUUUUGGCAGCGGAAAAACUCCCGACUAUCUCCUCUUAGGCAACAUGGUUUACACAUUUGUGGUUAUCACAGUUUGUCUUAAAGCCGGCCUUGAGACCUCAUCCUGGACCAUGUUCAGUCACAUCGCCAUCUGGGGAAGCAUCGGCCUGUGGGUGGUGUUUUUCAUUAUCUACUCGUCCCUGUGGCCUCUCAUUCCUCUGGCUCCCGACAUGUCAGGCGAGGCGAGCAUGAUGUUCAGUUCGGGCGUCUUCUGGAUGGGCCUGGUCUUCAUCCCAAUCACCUCGCUGGCCUUUGACGUGGCCUACAAAGUGGUGAAAAAAGUGUGUUUCAAGACUCUGGUAGAUGAGGUGCAGGAGCUCGAGGCUUUAUCCAAAGAUCCUGGAGCUGUGGUGCAUGGAAAGAGUUUGACGGAGAGGGCCCAGCUCCUGAAGAACGUCUUUAAGAAGAGCACAGUCAGUCUGUACCGGUCCGACUCCAUGCAGCAGAACCUGCUCCCGGGGUCCUUUGAACUUGCCCGCUGGCCUCCAGGUACUGACCGAGUCAUUUGACACCUGAAGAUGGCUACGCCUUCUCUCAAGACGAGAACGGAGUGGUGUCUCAGUCGGAGGUCAUCAGAGCGUACGACACCACCAAACAGAGGACCAACGAGUGGUGAGCCGCCGGCCUCCUCGUUCCCGGCUGGCCAAUCCAGAGCCACCACAAGCCGUUUGUAGUGGGCGGUAUUUGAAGCUUAACGGGAGGAGAAGCCGAGGUGCGAGCAUGUGCCCCCCCCUCACAACAAUGACGGGGGGGAUUUUGGACAUGAUCAUGAAAAGGACUGAGGAAAGUGACAUUGGGUAAUCUCUGAAAACGGGGAGAGAGGAAAAAAAAAAAAAACAAGGAACAAAACAAACCGUGUUCGCUAUCAGCUGUAGUUGUGUGUCCAGCAGACAUGAUGAGCACUGUGCUUUCUUAGCAGUCUGUGGUCUGAAGUUUUUCACUGUUCUCGCUCAGUUUGUCGGACAGAACGUGUCCCAACUAUUGAUUUAAGGACGCUCGCCGGCACGCAGCUCAAAAUCGUAUUGAAUCGAAUCAAACUCCUAAAACACUGUUAUUAUAAAAGUUUAAACACUGGACGAUGAUUAGCUUUUAGAUGUUUUGAACUUGUGACAGAUUGCCAAAGAGCAGUCGUAUAUACAAUCUAUCCAAGUACUAGUGAAUUCGGAAAACUCUAAACCAAAUGUAAUUACACUGCUGAGUGUAUUCCAGCACUGAACCGACCACUUCAGAGCAGAUUUGUAAUAAUUUAAUUUUCUGUUUUGCACUUAAGGAAGCAUCUCUUGUGUAAAGCCUUACAUUUGCUCAUGCCUUCAUCUUUAUUUGUUGUAAACCAGAUUGUUUUUUUGUUUUUGUUUUUAAAGUAUGUUAGAUAUUGUGCCAGGUGUUGUUUAUUUUCAUUUUAAGUUUUAGGAAGUUGCCUCCAGCAACUCACUAUAGUCCCACCGUUUUUACAGCAGAAGCAUUGCUCUUGACGAAUAACGGCAUUCCACACAUCACUUCCUGUCUCAACGAUCACGACGGUGCCUACGUAGAAACCUUUCCCUCUUUAGAAGAAAAUCGAUAGCCAAGAAUAGUUUAACCAGCUAGCUUAGAGCCGUGCUGCACACACACCUACUGAAGACAAAAUCACUGUCUCCCCCACCACAGUGUUGCACUCGCACAGCGUGAAAGCUGCAGUCUUGUGUCGAGUGGCACAUGUAAACCUGAAGAAAUGUCCCUGCGGGGGUGAGCGGGUGAUGAUGGUCUUGUUGAAGCUGAAGGUGGUGCCAGUGUUUUCCCUUAAAAUGGAGAUUUUAUCCUUAUAACAUAAGUGCCAUUAGCUUAAGGGAGAGAGAAAUAUUAGCCAGAAAAACUCCACAACAUUAUCAAAACUACUUUGUCUCUAUAGUUAUUUUGUGGAUUUGUAUUUUUAUAUUGGAGAUGUAUGACUUUUGCAUUGACCGGCUUUGUAACGACUCGUCUGUAACUUUUUUGUUUCUUCUGAUAAACUGGCAGGAUAGAAUAGAUCGAAUGAGACGACUGAGCUUUCUUAAAUGUCUUGUUAUUAUUGAUAUUAAUAUUGUUAUCGCUUGAUUUAUUUAUGAUUGACUCUCUAAUGUCUGUGCGGUUGCGUUCUUCUCCCUAUGGGAGAUCAGAUUUCCGACAGUGCGAGUGUGUGUGUCAGUUUAUUGCCUGCAUGUGCACGUGCUGUGUGUGUGUCUGCGUUUGUGCGUCGCCUCGACAGAGGACAUCUUCUAUGUAUGCACUGCAUGUCUGUAUCUUCCACGUGAGAGCGGGAGAUCACUUCUCCUGGUGGGUUUCUUUUAAUGUUGUGUGUUUGUGUGUGUGUGUGUUUGUGUGCAUCAGUGUGUAUGACAGAGACGCUUGCUUGUCCGUCUGCACGACUCCAGGUAUAGCUAUGGUGUACUACUGUGUGCUGAUGCAUGGCUCGUAUGGGACGGUGUGAGUGUCCGUGUGUGUUAUGAAUGAGCGUGUGUGUGUGUGUGUGUGUGUGUGUUUGUGAGUCAGACUCUUGACUGUGCGAGUUUUUUGAUGUUCAGCUCUGCUUUGACAGGAGAUGUUGCACAAUACACUCAAUGUACCUUUCCAGUAGUGGACAUCUGGUGUUCUCUGGUUGCGGUAAACGAUUUCUUCUGAGUGUUACUUGACAGGAAAGCUUGUUUGUGUUUCUCAGUUUAUUGAGGGUUAAUGGUUUCUUUUUUCUCCCUCUGCUGGUCUUUAAUGUUAAAACUUUAAUCGGUCGUCAUCUUGUCGAAACUUUCCAAACCGCUGAAUGUGGAUGUUGUCGUUGUGGAAGGCUUGGACUGUUGCUUACUUUUUCCCAGAAAACAUAAAACACACACGUUGUUGUCUGUGAAAGUCGUGAGCUGCAUGAAUGGAAAACACAAACUGUUCUCUGACGUGUUAACUGUACUUUUAAUUCUUUCUCGAGUGUUGAUCACUUUACAAAAGAGGAAAAAACUGCACCUUUUAUUAUUUUCAAUAUUCUUUUCUGUUAUUUUGUUCAAUGAUUGUUCUGCAUGUUGGGACUGCAAACUUAUAAGUGUUGUCUUUUACUGCCAUGAAGGACUACUGAAAUAAACUUUACAACGAUGGAG